AAAAACAUGAUCAGAAACGACAUUGUCACUCCUAAUCAAGUACAAACCACUGAAAGCAAUUCUAGACUUGCCCGAUCAUACAAUCCAAACAUCAUCAUGAAUAAAACUGUUAAAACAAAUAACAUGGCUAUGGAAAAAUCAAAGCAUUUACCAUCAUCAUCAUCAUCUAUGCAAACAUCACAUCACCCCACUUCACAAACCAUCAUACAACACCAAUCGAAACUAGCCAAUACUGGUCAACCGAACAUGAAAGAUAGAAGCUUUGAUCAAUUGAGGACUUCGACAGGAAAGCAAAUCAACGAAUCAUCUAAUCAAUGCACUGAUAAAAAUAUUUUCAAAUCACAAAUUACAAAUCAACUUGAUCAACUGAAGCCAAAUGAUCAUGAGAAAUCCAAGAGAAUAUCAUGUAGAAGUGAUCAGAAUGCUGUAAUCGGUACUAAGAAGCUGCGUAAUAACCUUCAAGGACACAAUAUCAAAAUGACUGAAAUAAUGCAUGCAAUUAAAGCUAACAGUCUACUAUCUGGACCAAAUGAAUAUAUUGUUCAAACAGUAGUAGCUAACAAUUAUCAAAAUGACAGUAGUCAUCGAAAUAAAGUCAAAAAUACUAAUGUGAUUACGAAUAGAAAAACUAUUCCAAAAAAUAGGAUUACAAGUUGUAAAAAUCAUUCAAUCAAACCAAACACUAACAGCAAAAGAACAUCAAGUCCAGAAUCACUACCAUCCUCAUCACCAUCAUCAUCAGCAUCAGCGUCAUCAUCAUCAUCAUCCUGUGAAACUUUAUCGGUAAAUACAAAGAGUACAUUUUCACUCAACAGUCAAGAUUAUUAUAAUAAAUCAAAUUGUGUACAAUCAUUUGAUAGAUUCUGCAAUAAUUGUAAUUGCCCAAUUGAUGAUCAUAAUUGUAUUAUAUGUCAAUUGCUUAGUCAUUUAGUGAAAUGUCCCUGUUCACCUUUCCGUUAUUGUCAACAUUUUGAAGAGAUUAGUGGCAGAAGAUCACAUGGAUUGAAACAAUGUCCUCCUAUGGUUUGUCCAAUGACAACAACAACAACAACAAAAACAACAACAACACCUCAGCCCAAAUUUGCGAAUAAAAAGACUCCCACAAAAGUAGUGUACAGUAGUGGUUCACAAUGUCCUCCCUCUACAUCGUCAAAACCAAUUUUUUCGUAUCCUUUCCCUCAAUUAAAUUCUUUUAUGCCUUCUCCAUUUUAUCAGAACUACAGCACAUCAAAUCUACCACAACAAAUACAUUAUGGACUACCAUAUUAUCAAUAUCCAUGAUGGAAGUGUGUGUGUGUGUGUGUUAUUUUUCUUAUUUUGAAAAUAAACCCAUUUUUGUAUUUUAGCGUCAUUCUCAGUUGUCGUCAUUUUUUUUACUAGUAAAAUAUAAUUUUCAUACUC